CACCUGACCUUUCCCCAAACCGCCGCACGUACCACCACUCCUCCCGGCGCCGCCACUUCGCCACCGCCCGCUUCCUCGAACCCUUCAGAAAUUCUCCUGCCAUGGACAGCUCCGCCGCUGACGGCGGGAGGCUGCUGCCGUCGAGGGCGAGGAGCCACCUCUGCGUGCGAUGCGGCGAGCGGAAGGCCGCGCUGAAGCGGCCCAAAACCCUAGAGCAGAUCUGUAGGGAAUGCUUCUAUAUCGUCUUUGAGGACGAGAUUCAUCAAACUAUCAUUGACAAUACUUUGUUUAAAGCCGGUGAACGUGUGGCAAUAGGAGCUUCUGGUGGAAAAGAUUCAACUGUGCUUGCAUACGUGCUAUCGGAGUUAAACCGUCGUCACAACUAUGGUCUUGAUCUGUUCCUUUUAUCUGUUGAUGAAGGAAUUACAGGAUAUAGAGACGACUCACUGGAAACUGUUAAAAGGAAUGAAAUACAGUAUGGCCUGCCUCUGAAAAUAGUUUCCUAUAAAGACCUCUAUGGCUGGACAAUGGAUGAUAUUGUGAAAGCAAUUGGCCUGAAAAACAAUUGUACUUUCUGUGGAGUUUUUCGCCGGCAGGCACUAGACCGAGGUGCUGCUCUCUUGAAAGCUGAUAAGAUCGUAACUGGGCAUAAUGUAGAUGACAUUGCAGAAACCGUCUUGCUAAACAUUCUCCGUGGUGAUAUUGCAAGGUUAAGUCGAUGUACCUUUAUAACUACUGGGGAAGAUGGGCCAAUCCCAAGAUGCAAGCCUUUCAAAUACACCUAUGAGAAGGAGAUUGUUAUUUAUGCAUACUUCAAAAAGCUGGAUUACUUCUCCACAGAAUGCAUCUAUUCACCAAAUGCGUACCGGGGAUUUGCUCGUGAGUUUAUUAAAGAUUUGGAAAGGAUGAGGCCCAGAGCUAUACUGGACAUCGUAAAAUCCGGUGAAAACUUUAGGAUCUCCACAACAACAAGGAUGCCAGAGCAAGGAACAUGUGAACGUUGUGGCUACAUUUCUAGUCAGAAAUUAUGCAAAGCAUGUGUCUUGCUGGACGGCUUGAAUCGAGGCUUGCCAAAACUAGGCAUAGGAAGGACUAAAGUCGGUGUUGGAGCUGAUGGUCAGCAGCGAGCCAAACGUUCAGAGAGGAAUUCAUCGAGUCUACAAGGGAAACACGGGAGCUUCGACUUUUAGAUGCCAGCUGCAAUUUUUCUCAAUGAAAAGUUUUUUUUUGGUUAUUUGUGUUUUUAUUGAGAUGGUAUUUGUAACAUUGUUGGUUUAGUAGGCUUUUGAUCAUUCGAUCAUCUGACCAUAGUUUUUUUUAAGAGUUAUGUGUUAUUUACUCUCAACAGACGUAACUAUACAUGAUUUUUACAACUGCA